ACAUCUAUUUCGCAAAGGUCCUAAUUUUUGUUUCAGUUCUUGAUUCUGUGCAGAAGUAGCACAGUUUUAGAUUUAAAUCAAAGAGAGAGAGAAAAAAAACUAGAACAAAUCCCUCGAGAGACAUUUGAUCCAAGGCGUCUGCUUUUGGCUUGCAGCCUGUGGGCGUUCAGAUGGGAUUCUUAUUGAAAGUGUGAUCGGCGGUUUUCUUCCUCAGAAACUGGGUCGUGGAACCCUUUUUGUCAGCUGAACAGAUGAAUACCCCAGCUGUGACAGCUUUCACUUUUACUCUCUCUACUACAGACUCACCUGGGUAUAAUUCUUCUAUGCCCUUUACUGAAAUCACCACAUUUGAAUAUGACUAUCCAGAAGGUGACGAAGACUAUGGAACGUGCAUUUAUGUGCGACACGGGGCUUACUUUCUUCCACCCCUCUAUGUCAUUUUCUUCCUCUUAGGUCUCCUUGGAAACUCUUUAGUAAUCUGGGUCAUCGCUUGCGGGGUUAGACUCCGUAGCAUGACUGAUGUGUGCCUUGUCAACUUGGCCGUCGCUGACCUUCUGAUGGUGUGCUCUCUUCCCUUCCUCGCCCACCAAGCCAGAGACCAGUGGCAGUUUGGAGAUGCUAUGUGCAAGAUGGUCCUAGGCAUUUAUCACAUUACUUUUUACUGUGGGAUCUUUUUCAUCUGUCUGAUGAGCAUCGAUCGUUACCUGGCCAUAGUGCAUGCAGUUUAUGCCCUCAAAGCACGCACACGCACCUUUGGCAUUGCGGCAGCUGCCAUUACAUGGAUGGCUGGCUUUUUGGCCUCUUUUCCUGACCUGCUCUUCCUCAAAACUCAAACAAAUAGCAACGGUUCUCAGUACUGCUACCCUGAGUUUCCCGAAAAAUUAACCAACAACAGCGUUCAUACAUGGAGAGUGUUUAGUCUCUUGAAAAUGAACUUUCUUGGCCUGUUUAUCCCAAUUUUCAUCCUAGGCUUCUGCUACUCUCAGAUCAUUUGCAGGUUGCUAUCAACCCAGUCUUCCAAGAAGCAGGCCAUCCGUUUGGUAGUCGUAGUGGUGUUCGUUUUCUUCUGCUGUUGGGUUCCUUACAACGUGGCCUCCUUCUUUAAAGCACUGGAACUUCUACACGUCUACACCGCAUGUGAAAGCAGCAGGGCCAUCACAGUGGCUUUACAGAUCACUGAAGUCAUUGCAUACUCCCACAGCUGUCUCAAUCCCAUUCUGUAUGUCUUCGUCGGGGAGAAGUUCAGGAGGCAACUCAUAAGGCUGAUAAACAGAGCUCCAUGCAGCCUCUGCCAGGUGAUCAAGCUGUACAUUCCUCAAGACAGAGGCACCUCGGUGUACUCGCAAACUACCAGUGUGGACGAAAGGAACGCUGGGGCUGGCAUUAGUCUGGGUUCAGCUAAAUUCUUUUAAAUUCUGUUGCUUAUGCCAAUACCUUUUAUGAGCAUCUUUUAUACAGACACUGUUCAUGUCAAGUCAGAUAAGGUCAUGCUAGUUUCAGGUUAACGGUGAGGUACCUUUGACUUGCUUUCUUGUUAUGACGAAAGACGGUGUAUAUGUAGAGACUAGACUGAAUGUAAUACUUUCCCAUGCACAGUGUCUUUCAGUGAACCUUGUGUUUCUUAAUGUACAGGAUUUUUAAAUAUCUUCCAUAAAAGUGUUUCUGUCAAAGUCUUACAUUUUAUAAUCUCAUUGUAAAGCUGUAAAAAAAAAGUUAUGUGCUCAGAUUUUUAAUACUUACGUUCCAUUCCAUUUCAACAUUUUAAAUAAAAAACUCUGCUGUUCAUUUGGUUUGGAAGAAUUGGGCUCCUAAAUCCUGCUUUUUUUUAGGGAUUAAACAUUUUCAUUGUUGUUCACUUGCAGUUAAUUUAUUCUGGGGAAUUACAGAAUUGACAAUUUAUUUUCUUGAAUUUGGACUGCCAACAGCUGGCUAAAAACAAUAACCCUUACAAAUCUUAAUAUAUACAGCACAAAGGUGUCAAAGUUAGAAAAGUCACUAAACUAUCAGAGCCAAAAAGAGCAAACUUAGGUUGGUCAAAGUUAACUUGCUUAAGUUAAGAAACUUUUACAUUACAGUAGUAGUUUAGAUUUAAUGUCAUAUCAUAGACAUUAUGUAAUAAACAAAAAUUAUUCAAAAACAUUCAGACAUGUUACUAUAAAAUAGGAAAUUAAUCAACUUUAAGAGCAAAAAUUUUAAAUAUAAUCACUUGGGUAAGUCUGUUUUAAUGUACAUACUUUGUGAAACACAUAGGCCUUCAAUCAUUUACAUUUAGGUGUAAAAUGUAUUUUCACGUGAAAUUCUUACUAAAUUCAUUUGAGGCUGCGGAUACCAUGCUUACUUGUCCUACCACAGUUUUUCUUUCCACUUGACUUUCUACAAAUAAGCGUUGAUGCAUCAGUCUUUGAACAGGCAGCUUCUUUUGCAUUGAUUAUUAGUGGGAUACUAUACCUGUGUUGUUUUUCAGUAGCUCACUAUUUGCCCAGUAAGCAGUCUUCCCUAUACGCAUGUAGACCGUAACGCAACAUUUCUGAUUCUGAUUCAAAGCAAUUUUUUUUUUUUUUUUGAUUGGAUGUAAUAUUUGUAAUUUCUGAUGAACAGAGUUUCUGGUUUUGUCUGUAAGCUUUUUUUGGACGACAUUCUAGUUUAUUGUGAUGCACCUGUGUUUACGCUAUGCAUUUUAUUGAACAGAUUGCAGAUUGUUGAGAAACUGAAAACAUGACAUGUGUCUGCAAAACAUCACAUCAGAAAUAUUUUUGAACUGAACUUCAAAAAUAUUCUUCCUGAGAUAAGUGUGAAAGUCUCACGUACAGCAACCAUGUUGUUAUUAUUCACUGUAAUUAUCCGUAAGCAAAAUAAACUGAGAAGAUAAAUUCCAAAUAAAGAUCGAGAUAGAGUUCUCGGUUUGCUUGUUUGAGGUUGGUGCACAGUAUGAAGCCUCUAAUGCAACCUGCAGCCUUAGCCUGCUAGAUUCAGAAACAUGUUCUGCAGAGGAUCUGUACCUCACCUCUACCUUAAAAAAAAAAAACCACAACCUGAAAGCGGAAACAUAUAACCAAGCUGUGAGUUUAACCUUUUCAGGCUUUGCAAGCACCGAGUAACUUUUAUAUUUUUUAUAUAUAUUUUAUUUUUAUUGCUGAUGCAUGCUUUUAUACACAGAAGCUGUUGCUUUUGAGAAAAAAAAAUACAAUUCACUAUCUGACAAAAGGACGAAGUUGACUAAUUCCGGAAUGGCAAAAAAGAAAAAUGAAUAAUUAAUGAAGCAAUAGUUUUUUUCACUAAUAUGCACCACCUGUGCGUCAACAGACCCAGUUAUAUUUAUCUUUUUCAAAAAGAAGGAUCUUUCAAACAAGAAGUAAUCAUGCAUUGACCACAACAUCCUUUACUCUCGCCCUGCAUUUCCUGCCUGUUGCUGGCAGAUAAAGUAAUAGUCUCAGAACGUUCAAUGCCUUCAGAAAAAAAAAAAAAACUUUAUAUUU